CCUCUUUCUUUGAGCAUUCGCUAGGUGAGGCGCUCGCUGGGCCCAGCUCAGUCCACUGAUGAACCCGUACCACCAGCAAACUCAUUUUCUGUUGAUACACAACAAGAACUGCUGUGUGUUCCGGGACGACUUCAUUGCCAACGUCCUGCCACCGGUGUUGGUGCUGGAGUUUGUGUUUGGGCUCUUGGGCAAUGGCCUUGCUCUGUGGAUUUUCUGCUUCCACCUCAAGUCCUGGAAAUCCAGCCGGAUUUUCCUGUUCAACUUGGCCGUGGCUGACUUUCUCCUGAUCAUCUGUCUGCCGUUCUUGACGGAUAACUAUGUGAGGAAGUGGGACUGGAGGUUUGGGGACAUUCCUUGUCGGCUGAUGCUGUUCAUGUUGGCCAUGAACCGCCAAGGCAGCAUCAUCUUCCUCACGGUGGUGGCCGUGGACAGGUACUUCCGGGUGGUCCAUCCCCACCAUGCUCUGAACAAGAUCUCUAAUCGAACGGCGGCCAUCAUCUCCUGCCUCCUGUGGGUCCUCACCAUCGGCCUGACGGUUCACCUCCUGUACAACAAUAUGCUAAUCAAGAAUCACGACGCGAAUUUGUGCAGCAGCUUUAGCAUCUGUCACAUCUUCAGGUGGCACGAUGCCAUGUUCCUCCUGGAGUUCUUCCUGCCCCUGAGCAUCAUCCUGUUCUGCUCGGUCAGAAUCAUCUGGAGCCUGCGGCAGAGACAAAUGGACAGGCAUGCCAAAAUCAAAAGGGCCAUCAACUUCAUCAUGGUGGUGGCCAUUGUCUUCAUCAUCUGCUUCCUGCCCAGUGUGGCUGUGCGCAUACGCAUUUUCUGGCUCCUGCACACCGUGGGUACCAAGGACUGUGACAUCUAUAGCUCGGCUGACCUGGCGUUUUUCAUCACCCUCAGCUUCACCUAUAUGAACAGCAUGCUGGACCCUUUGGUGUACUAUUUCUCCAGCCCAUCUUUUCCCAACUUCUUCUCCACUUUGAUCAACCGCUAUCUCCGGAAGAAGACUCCAGAGGAGCCAGACAAUAACCGGAGCACUAGCGUCGAGCUCACGGAGGAUUUGAGUGCUACCAGGAGUGUUUCAGGUGCUUUAAUGGCCAACCCCAGUGAGCCAUGGAGCCCCCCUUACCUGACUCCGACUUCUCGUUAAAUAACCACGCCAAGAAGGGAGACUGUCGCCAAGAUUUCUGGAGAAACAGUUUGGCUGGUGCGCACAGUAACAUCAUUAGACUUGGCCUGAGGUUUCCUGGAACUUCCGGAUUCAGAGAAUCUGAUUUAGAGAAGCGGUAUGGCAGAGUGGGCCACAGACACCCUGGAGGAAUGGCGAGUCAAGCUUCUGUGCAUCUGAAAAUUCCGCUCCAUCGCAGACACUUGCAGAAGUGAAGAUGGCAAAACUGUUCAUGUUUCUGCCCAGUGGAGUUGGAACCACAGAGACAGCCACCAGCACCCCGGAAGUCACGGGUCCCUUCCCUUCACCUGCCUGAGACUUGGAUGCUUCUCGGCUCUUGGGGCCAGACCGACCCUGUUCAUGGCUCUGGCCGGGGAAAGGAGAGCCAAGUGAUUGGAGGGCAGUUACGGCCUUGGACGGGGCACAGGCCGUAUUACACAAGCCAGCAGAUCGCCUGGGGUCCGUGGGACUGGUUUGUCUUUACCGAGCUCUAGCAGAAACGAACUAGACAAAGAGACUCGUGAACUCGGGUUAACGUCUGAGUUUGCAGUGGUGCUAAGAAGGGGAUUAGCCCAGAGAGGUACUGAGCCAAACGGUGUGACUCAGAGAAAGGAAAAGGCAUUUGUGCUACAACCUGCAAGGAAUCCGUUCUCUUUCUUGUUUGCGCUAUUUGAAGGUUGAGCAGAUAAAAGGCUUCAGGGAAGAGAGCUGCUUCCCACCUCUGUUUGCUUUUAUCAUUAAAAGAGAAAUGCUGUCCAGUGCUUAGAGGGGGAAGAUUACUCCUGGUUCAUUUGCUUAUAUUUCUGUACUUAUGAGAAAUCUACCACUUCAAUAAACGGAUAUGAGAU